AUGGAUGAGGGAAACUCCAGCUUCCUGAACGACCCUGAUCCCAGCGAUCCGGUCUUCCAUGUUUGCUGGGGUCGACAGUCGUGUUCAAGCUGCCUGACUGGUAAUGUUGCCUGCAGCUGGUGUGCCAUCUCCUCGACCUGUGUUCCUAACCCAUCGCGGGUUCCCAUACUUGCGCCUUUCGGCUCAGAAACCAUCUGCCCCCUUGGCUCCAAGGAGAGGUGGGAACUGAGAGCUAUGCCGUUUGGGUGCCACGCUAGUACCGUGACUGUUCUGUCAGUAAUGAGUGCUGUGCUUAUGACGCUGGCGUUGGGCGUGGCAGGGGCUGGAUUGGUGUGGCUUGUGCGCCGGACUCGAUGGCGUUGGAAGGAGGCAGAGUAUGGGGAGCUUGACGAGGAAGGGCAAAGAUCAUCUAGGUGGCGAGGUUGGGAUUUGGGGCUUGCAGCCUUUGUUGGCCUCUUUCCUCACUGGACUCGGACGGAGGGUCAGCUUGAAGUCGAGGAGGAGAUAAGGCCGCUGUUGGAGUAG